AUCCAUUUAUUGAAAGAGCAGCUGUCUGCCGAGGCUGCGGCAAGAAAGGAAUCUCAGGCACGGGUCUAUCAGCUACUUAUGCAGAAUAAGGAACUUCUACAACACAUUGCCAGGCUGGUUAGACAAGUCCAGGAUCUGGAGAUCAGGCUAUCUGGCCACAAUGCAACUGGAUCUCAGGACAGUCUUUUGAAAAUGAUCUUCCGCUCCACUGGCCUUCCAAGUCUUUAUGACUCUUGCACUCUGCAGCCAGAAGACGGGGUCCUGCUGAAUAUACCAGAUUCAUCCUAUCGGCUUGGCAGCCCCUUAGGUAGGAAAGACUGUCUAGUAAAGAUACAGUGUUACCGUUUUCUACCAAGCCAGGGGCAGGAGGCAGGGGAACUGCUGGGAAGCCUAGAACUAUACAGGUUCCAAGAGUCUGGUAUAGUGUCGGAAUAUGAAUCCAAUACAAAUGAAAGUGAAGAGAGAGAUUCCGUGUUUCAGGAAGAUGGUGGGCGACUUGCACACGUUCUACAUCGGGACAUGCUGGGGGACAGUCUGGAAGAUGAGAUUGCUGUCUGAUUGGAGAGGAUAAAUGCUUUAUUUUCUAAUUUGUCUGUGUCAUUUUUAGAAUAGUGGCAUGCAUUUAUACAGUGUAUAAGAUGUGAUAUCAAGGUACUUAUAUGUAUUUAUAUACAGUGUGAUAUACAGUACUGUUUGAAGUCAGGGUGGUCAUAUGUAUUUAUAUACAGUGUUAUAUCAGAGUAUUUAUAUGUAUUUAUAUACAGUGUGAAAUCAGUGUGAUCAUAUGUAUUUAUAUACAGUGUGAAAUCAGUGUGAGCAUAUGUAUUUAUAUACAGUGUGACAUUGGGGUGGUUUGUAUUUACACAGUGUGUGAUAUCAUGGUGGUCAUAUGUAUUUAUAUACAGUGUGAAAUCAGUGUGAUCAUAUGUAUUUAUAUACAGUGUGACAUUGGGGUGGUUGUAUUUAUUUACACACUGGGGUCUAUUUAACAAGGGUUAAAUGGCCCCUGUUCCCCUUGUUUCAGGCUCGCCGGGAACAGGAGUUAAGAAGCAGCGGUCUUAAGACCGCUGCUCCUAAACUCAUAGACCGCCUCUGAGGCGGCAUAUAGCAAUCCGCCCGGUCAUGUACGAUCGGGCUGAUUGACACCCCCUGCAGGCGGUGGUAUUACAAAAGCAGUUCACAAGAAUUGCUGGUGUAAUGAUAAAUGCCGACAGCGUAUGCUGUGGGCAUUUAUCGAUGUGCGGCAGACAUGGUUCGAUAUAGCGGAUCAUGUCUGUCCGCACAUAUAUAAAUAGACCCCACUGUGUGAAAUCAGGAUGGCCAGGUGUAAAGAUAUACAGCAGCAGGGCCGGACUGGGAUAAAAAAAAUAGCACUGGGCAUUUUAAAGGGACAUGAAACCCAAUUAUUUUUUGUUUAUGAUUCAGAGAGAGCAUACAAUUUUAUAAAUGUUAAAAUGUGCUUCAUUCUCAGGGUAUUUUUUCAUGAAGAGAUACCUAGGUGGGUAGAGGGCAUAUCUCUCAUGGCAGGGAAAAGUAUUAUGUACCAGUUUGAUUUACAAAAACAUUUAAAGUUUGUAACACCCUU